CACGAAAUAAAUGGGGCUUAUUGGUGGACCCACAAGAGCACCGAAAACCUAUAGUUUGUCACGAUUCUGAAUCGUCAAUGAACUAUUUAUUUAUGCAUGAGAUCAGAAUAUUUGUCUUCUCCAAUCUUCUUCUUUCUCUCUCUAUAUAUAUAUAUAUACACACACAGUAGCCCAAUUUGUUAAUUUCUUCUAUCUUUUUCUUCAUGGAUCUUCUUCCGGGUCUUCCUAAUGAUAUUGCUCUUGAAUGUCUCAUUCGUCUUCCUCUCCAUCAAUUCUCUAAAGCUGCUUCUGUAUGCAAAAACUGGAAAAACGAAAUCAAGCAUCCCCUCUUUCGACAACGCCGGAAAGAAUCGGGUCUUACCCGACCCGUUCUCGUAUUAUCCCAAGCCAUGGUUACUACUAUUCGAGACCCUUAUGGCAUUACCAGCCUUUCAUCUACUCAGUACUAUAGACUCACCCUUUAUGAUCCGGAAAGGGGAUUUUGGUACGAUUUGCCGCCGAUUCCGGAGUUGAUUGAUGGAUUGCCCAUGUUUUGCCGGGUUGUAGGAGUCGGGUCGGAUGUAAUGGUGAUAGGCGGGUGUGACCCGGUUAAUUGGAGGGUUAUGGACUCUGUUUUCAUCUACAAUUUCGUAUCCGGUUCGUGGCGUCGUGGGGCGGAUAUGCCGGGAGGACAGAGGCUGUUUUUUGGAUGUGCGUCGGAUUCGGAGAGAUUUGUGGUUGUCGCCGGCGGACAUAACGACGAGAAGAACGCGCUGAGAUCGGCUCUGUUGUAUGACGUGGCGGAAGACGUGUGGGUUACUCUGCCGGAAAUGGCCAUGGAGCGUGACGAGUGCAAGUGCGCAUUUUACCGCGGUGAAUUCCACGUCAUCGGAGGCUAUCCUACGCCUGCACAAGGUCUAUUCCAGCGCAGCGCUGAGGUGUUCAACUCCGCCACGUCAAGGGAGUGGCGCCUGGAGGAGGACUUCCUCGGUGCCGCCACGUGUCCCCAGACCUGCGUGGAAGGCGGCGACGGGAGACUCUACAUGUGCCGAGACGGUGACGUGGUCGUAAAGAUUGACGCCACGUGGAAACACAUCGCUCGGCUGCCACGUGGAUUAUCCAACGGGGCGUAUGUUACAGCGUGGCAAGGGAAGUUGUUAGCCGUGGGAAAUUCAAUAUUAGGUGAAAUUCAGAAUAGUUAUGAACUUGUUGAUGUGAACAGUGAGAGUAAAGAGAAGACAUGGAGAAUAUUGAAUACUCCAAAUGAAUACCGUGGACAUGUUCAAUCACUUUGUUAUUUAGAUAUAUAAAUUUCUAGUAUGAACUUGUUAUUUGAAUUAGUCCGACUCAGAAUAAUGUGAAUUUCGAAUAUCAUAAGGAAAAACAAAUUAAGAGUGGUGAUUUUGUACAUAGUUGAUUCUUCUUUUAUCUACUAGUUAUGUUUUCUGUUA